AUGCUCUCGUCAACCGUACGUCUCUUAAUGCGUAGUGGAUCACUAUUGCGACCCCUGAUAAUCACCGCUCGGCCACUCUCUAUAAAACCCACUCUGAUCAAUUUAACUGAAAAACGCAAAACAUUAAUCAAUGAAAUACCACGUCGUUGGUCUCAUGUUCAUUAUACAUAUCCAAUGAUUGAAAGUCGUGUUAUGCUUCUAUUACGUUUAUUUGAUAAAAUCGAUUCAAAUUCACUCAAAUUAGAUUCACGAUUCGUUCAAGAUCUUGGUCUCGACUCAUUAGAUAUUGUCGAAAUAACAGCUGCAUUAGAAGAUGAAUUUUGGACUGAAAUUCCCGAUUGCGAUUCUGACCAUUUUGCAACACCCCGACAUGUAAUUCAAUAUCUAUGCGACAAAUACGAUGUUUAUGAACAUAUCGAACCAAUAUCAGCUGGAAAAGAAUAUUUAGAAGAAGCUAAAGCUGCUGCUGAUCGAGCACAUCAUUAA